AUGCGUCGGUCCCUGACGGCGCUUAUCCGGCCGCAGCAGCUCCACCGUCUCAAUGCUCCCGCCACCGCAAUCGACGGCGGCGCCGCCGACGAUCUCUUCUCAGCCAACUCGCGCAUCUCCCAGCUCGCGCGAAUGGGGCGGUUGGAGCAGGCCCGUAAGAUGUUCGACGAAAUGCUUGACAGGAACUCUAUCUCCUGGAACGCGAUCGUCGCGGCGUACUUCCAGAGCGGCCGACCGGAGGAGGCACGCCGUUUGUUCGAUGCCAUGCCGCCGCCGCUCCGCAACACAGCGUCCUGGAACGGCAUGGUUUCCGGCUACGUGAAGACCCGGCAGUUGCACGAGGCCAGCGCCUUCUUCGACGCCAUGCCGGAGAGGAACGUCGUAUCGUGGACGGCCAUGCUGCGCGGGCACGUCGAGCAUGGCUCCGUCGGCGAGGCAGAGGCGCUCUUCCGGCGCAUGCCGGCGCGGAACGUCGUCUCCUACACGGUGAUGCUCGGGGGACUGCUGAGGGAAGGGAGGGUGGAAGAAGCACGGCACCUGUUCGACGAAAUGCCCCACAAGGACGUGGUCGCGAGGACGAGCAUGGUUGCAGGGUACUGCCAGGCAGGGCGCCUCUCUGAAGCACGCGCCCUGUUCGACGAAAUGCCCAAGAGGAAUGUAGUCUCCUGGACGACCAUGAUGGUGGGCUACGCUCAGAACGGGCACGUAGAUAUUGCGAGGAAGCUGUUCGAGGUGAUGCCGGAGAGGAACGAGGUCACCUGGACGGCCAUGCUCAGCGGGUACCUCCACGCGGGCCGCUCGGAGACCGCUCUGGAGCUGUUCCACGCCAUGCUGGAGAACCCGCCGCCGCCGGUGGCCACCUGCAACGCGAUGAUCCUCGGGCUAGGCCAGAACGGCGAGGUGGCAGCGGCGGAGGAGCUCUUCCAGUCCAUGGCGGAGAAGGACGAAGGAUCUUGGAGCGGGAUGAUCAAGGUCUACGAGCGGAACGGGCUCGAGACGGAGGCCCUGCGGGCCUUCUCCGCCAUGCAGGCGGCGGGGCAGCGCCCAAACUUCGCCUCCCUGGUCAGCGUGCUCGCCGUCUGCGCCGCCCUGGCUACCCUCCGCCAUGGCCGGCAGGUCCACGCCGCCGUGCUCAAGUCCCACUUCGACGGCGACCUCUUCGUCGUCUCCGCGCUGAUCACCAUGUACGUCCGCUGCGGCGACCUGGGCAACUCCAAGAAGGUCUUCUCCAUCUUCCCUGCCAAGGACACCGCCAUGUGGAAUGCCAUGAUCACCGGGCACGCCCAGCACGGCCUCGCCUGGGAGGCCCUCGCCGUCUUCUCCGACAUGCGCUGCGCCGGCGUGGCCCCCGACGACGUCACCUUCAUCGGCGUCCUCUCCGCCUGCAGCUACGGUGGGAAGGUGGAGGAGGGGAGGAGCUUCUUCAGAUCCAUGGCGAAGGUUUACUCGGUGGAGCCCAAGACGGAGCACUACGCCUGCAUGGUGGACAUGCUGGGGAGGGCGGGGCUGAUCGAGGAGGCGGUGGAGACUAUCCAGAAGAUGCCCAUGGAGCCCGACGCCGUCGUGUGGGGGUCUCUGCUGGGGGCCUGCAGGACCCACAAGAACCUCGCAGUGGCGGAGAAGGCGGCGAGGGAGCUGAGGAAGCUCGAGCCCGGCGGUGCCGGUCACUACGUCCUGCUCUGCAACAUCUACGCCGCCGGAGCGAGGUGGGGGGAGGUGGCCGAGCUCCGGCAGGCCAUGAGGGCGAGGAAGGUGAGCAAGUCCCCCGGCUGCAGCUGGAUCGAGGUGGAGGGGAAGGUCCACGUCUUCACCGGCGACGGAGGGGGCGGCGGUGGCGGCCAUGAGGAGCACAGAGAGAUCGCCGCCGUGCUGGAGCGACUGGGAGGGCGGCUCAGGGAGGCGGGGUACCUCCCCGACGGGAGCUUCGUGCUCCACGACGUGGACGAGGAGCAGAAGGAGCAGAGCCUGGGGCACCAUAGCGAGAAGCUCGCGGUGGCCUACGGGCUGAUGAAGCUCCCGGAGGGGAUGCCCAUCCGGGUGAUGAAGAACCUGCGGGUCUGCGGGGACUGCCACACCACCAUGAAGCUGACCUCGAAGAUCACCGGCCGGGAGAUCAUCCUCAGGGACGCCAACAGGUUCCACCAUUUCAGGGACGGAUCCUGUUCUUGCGGGGAUUACUGGUGA